AUGGAUCACUUAGGGGCUCACCACCUCCACCAGAGCCACGCCGAGCCCAUCAGCUUCGGCAUCGACCAGAUCCUCAACAACCCGGACCAAGGCAGCUGCAUGAUCUCCAACGCGCGCCUGCAGGACGUGGCGGACUACGGCCUGGGAGGAUGCGUGGUGAGCAGCGCGUACAACCCCAUGGCCGGCCACUACGGCUCGGCCACCGGCGGCGGCGGCGGCGGCGGAGGAGCAGCAGGAGGAGGGUCGUCCUCCGCCGGAGGUUACAGCAACGGCGGGGCUUGCAGCAUGGCUUCUCUGGCGGGGUCUUACAACAUGAACCUGGGGGUCGGGACCAUGAACGGAAAUAACCUCAACGCGGCCGGGGGCGUGAUCCGGGUGCCGGCGCACAGACCCCUGACCGGAGGCGUCCACCAGCCUCUCUCCACGGCCGUGCCCACCGUCCCGUCCGUGAACAAUCUCACGGGGCUGACUUUCCCCUGGAUGGAGAGCAACAGGCGCUACACCAAGGACAGGUUCACAGGUGAGUGGGUCUCUUUCCCUCCUGCUGCACACCUGCACUAGUCUCCCCCGUCGCUCGCUCACUCGCUCUCCUCUCUCUUCUCUCGCAUCCGAAAAACAAAAACAAGCUUACUGGCUCGGAGAUGGAGCGUCCCUUCUCUGCCCCUAAGCAACAAACCUACCGGGCAGGCCUUGGGCACGAUUUGUAACUGGUUUAAUGGCAUCGAUUGGCGUGAUUUAUAAAUAGCUUUGAUGGAUUGAUCUUAGAUUUAUGGCCCACUAGAGCGCUCAUAUAUAUGCCUGGGAUUUGGCGGUAAAAAAAAGAGAGGCCUCUGUAGUAGAGAACUUUAAUCACAUUGAUUAUCAUUAUUAAAUUGGCUGUAUUUGACAGCACUGUUAUCUCGAGGUUCUAAUGUUGUUGAAAUUUCCAGGGAAGAAGUAGGCUUUCACCCUCUCGAGCUAUUCAAGUAUUUCUCCCAGAAAUGGAAUUGACAUGCUAAUAAUCCGUAGUUUAUCCAGACUUUGUUCAAUGACAUUCAUAGGAGCUGAGGUCUCCUUUAUUUUUAUUUUUCAAUUGGUGGGGUGAUCCAGCCCCAGUACUCACGCGAAUGAAUUUAUAAAUGAUGCAUUCCUACUGUAGCUGAAUUCCCCCUCCCCCUCACAUAGCUAUAUCUCUCUAUAGCUCUUAAAACUGUGACAGAUUUAUUUCUUUGAAAGGCUAUAAUAAAUGCUACCACUAAUAGCAAUAAUCACCACCACAACAGUAACUUACAACGUGGUCAGGCGAAUAGUGUAUGUGUUUAAAAUAUAACAUUUUGGCCAAAUAAUUAUGUUUAUAAAAAGUAAUAAUAAUUCAUCUACUGCCGAAAGAACAGCCUAUUUCAAUGUUCAAGUAACAUUUUAAUAACCUUCAGAACUGUUUUCAAUAGAAUAUACAGCACACGUGCGCGUGCCUUUAUAAAAUAAUUUCUAUACAAAUACACAUACACAUAUACAUGUUUCCCAGCCCUAGACAGACGGCAUUACGUGAUACUGAUCUGUAACAUAAAUAAUGAAAAGGGGCAGGAUCCAGAUGCGAAUGGCAGGGACGAGAGUGGCCGAUCAAUAGUCUGGUCUUGGGAACUACUACGUCUUCCUUUUGCGCCUCCUUUCGGAUCCAGUCUUUUCUCGAAUCUCUGGCCUGUAAAUGGAGAGAUCUGAGCUGCUGUUAUACAUGCACGAAACAGAAUAUGUGAGCCGAUCAAAAUGUAUAUUAGUUCAGAGGCAGAUCCGUUCGAAGGAGAACCGCCACAUAAACCGGUGGCUUUCGGAACAUCUCGGGGAUUUCCUGCCCCGCUGCCCUCCCACUGCAAACAAUGACGGCCAUAAUAUUUCAGUUUUAAUUUAAAGAGUGAAACCCGAGCUUCAUCAAUAAAAUCCCCAUUAUCUUUCGCUUGGAGAAGGAUAGGAUUACCCCAAGGGCUGGCAACUUACCUAUCUCCCGGGGGGUUGUAAAGUUCAAACCAAUGACUGUUUGGAGAGACCCAAACAAGACAGAUGGGCAGAUAAACACCCGCGCAGUCGGGGUCUUUCCACCGAAUAGAGCGCGCCCACCGCGCUGCGCGCGCCUAGGCCUGCGAUCCGCGUUGUGAUUGAACCUCGAACCCUCCGCCCCGCUUCGGUUUCAGGAGGGCUUCCGGGAUGUUGUUAUUCCACAGCAGGGAAAACGCCCCAAGGUGGGGAGAAACCGGGGGUUUCGUUGGAGGAGCGAGGAGAAUCCCAGGAGCAAGACCCGUAAGAACUAGUCUUUUAUUACAGAUGACCCAAUAAAAUAUAGAAAUGUAGAUGUUAUCUUGCAUUCCCUCUGCAGCCUGUAUUUUAUUUUUUUACGUAUCGCAGUCAUGAUUUCCAGACCUCAAUGAGAUGGUUGCAGCACGCGUGGCUCUGUGCCGCUUGCUUUUAGAGCACGAUUUUUAAAAAGAUUUUUUUUUUUAAAGUACAGUCUGAUUUAUUCAUUUAUUUAAACGAGAGCGCCUUGGGCUCCUUGGUUUGUUCUUCCGACUAGGCUCCUGCAGCAAGUUAGAGGCCUACCUCUUCCUCUCUCCCCUUGCCUUUCGCUGAAAGCAUUCGGGCAAAAUAGGAAAAUUGUUGGCGUUAAACUUGAGCGUGUGUGUGGAUUGGGAACUGUGCGAUAAAAUAUACGGAGCGUUUGGUGGAAUUUAUUUUCCUCGCUUUCCUGUGGAACGCUUCUUUAAUAUUCAUAAGCAGCGCAAUAGCAUACACGUUUACUCAGAAGUAAGGCCCGCUAUGUACAGUUUCACUUACUCUUAGGUAAAAAGUGCAUAGGAUUGCAAUCGAAUCUAGCCAUAAAUAAAGAUAUUUUGAAAAGUCUGUUAAAGUCUUCGGAUUUGCCACUAAACUAUAAAUCAGCGUUCAGAUAUCCUAGGGGGGGGGGUUUACAAAUACUAAAAUAAACUCAUUUCAGAUUUUCACCUAUUGCCUUCCCCUUACUUCCAACUUAUUUCCAGUUCUCCCAAUUCAGGCUUACGGUAUGUAUUUCGCUCCAUGCUGCCCCUAUAAAUGUCUGGGGUAUUUUUGUUUGUUUGGAAAUUAAAGGAGAAAAAAGUACAUUAGGCCUGAAUAGAGAGGUGUUGGAGGAUCGCGCUGUUAAGCGUCCUAUUUAACAUAAUAAUUCCCAGUCAAACUUGGAACCAGAGGCAAGACUCCAAAAGGUCCCCGUCCUCAACCCCCAAGUGACUCUUAAAUCCUUUUGUUUUCCGCGUCGGAAAGUUUAAUAUAAAAAUCUUGCCACAGUGGUUUUUGGAAAAUAUCUUUCGUAGGAAGACUAAUCACAAGGGAGAGGAAAAGUUGAGAAAGCAAUCUAAAUAGUAUUUUGGGGGCUGGCUUGUUUUUGCUCUGUUUUGUUACUUACAUAGCAGAUUGUUGUUGCCAUUUGAGAAUGAUUUCACUCCAGCAUCGGAAAGGUCGGAAAACAGGCCACAUUGCAUCGAUUUAAAAUCAAAACGACAACCAUAUGAAAAAUCAAAAGAAUAUCUUUGAUUACGCGGACCAUUUCCCAUUCCUGCCCCCUCAAACACACGCACGACGCACCCGCUUUUUACCUAAUAGUCUUCCUUCGUAUUCUUAAUAGUUUUUACGAGCAUUCCUUUAAAAGCAACCCGCAGGUUUCGUGUGCUUGUGAGUUGUAUUUUUAAAAUUAGACAAGCAAGUGCUCUCAGUAUUUCAUGAAACGCUGUAUCGAUUUUAUCGAACUGCAUCCGCUUGAAGCACAGUAACACCCAAAGAGCAACGUAGUUUUUCGGGGGGGCGGGGGGAAGGGAGAAGUGUAGCCCAAUUCUAACCACGUUCGUUCUACACUCAGACCCACGAUGGCUGCAGUUCUGUGCGCACUGAUUCGAGAGUAAGCGCAUUUGCAUUGAGUGAGACUUACUUCUUGGUAAGCCUUACAGCGCAAUCCCGCGCGUCUUUCUUCGGAGGGUGUCCCAUUAUUCAAUGGCUUUUUCUAGUUUAGGGCUGAGGUUUACAGCAGGGAUGAGUAACCUCCAAAUGUUGUUGGGUCACCACUGCCAUCAUCCCUGUGCAUUGGCCCGGGCCUGAUGGGGGCUCCAGGAUCCCCAACCCUUACAACUUUACCCCCGCUGCUUAUAGCCUGACGCUCUGCACCCUUUUCUUCCGAAGUAAUUCGACCCAAUGUUUAUGACCCAGUCCUACGUUUUAUUUCGAAAUAAGCCCCAUUGAUUUCAGUGGGCCUUGAUUCCUGUGUUGAGAGUCACCCGUAGCAACGUUUUCGGGGGGAAAUAAACCAAAGUGGUUGGUAGGGAAAUUGCCUGAAAGUCAGAGCUGCUUCAGUCUUUGCAAAAUUAAAGCCUUCGGGGGCAGGAGCGGGUGCGGUGAAACAUUAAUAGGAUUUAAUUGCUGCAGUGAUUCGUGACUCCUGCGAGGCCCAGAUGAGUUUUGUCUUCCUUUCGCUCGCGGUGUUGCUCUGCGCUGGCCUCCGGGCUAGCGAGGCAGCAAAGCCCAGCCUUAGAGGGUAGGAUUAGCCAACGUUUUGCACGAUUACAUAUGUAUUUUGAAAAAAGUCGCGCCCCAGUCCCUCGAUGAUCAUCCAUUUACUGUAAUGUUGCCCAUUCCGGGGUUGUUGUUGUUUUAUUGUUGUUUUGUGGGGGGGCGGAAUGCUGAACCCCCAGAAAGUGAAUGCUAAUGGACCAACCUAAGGUGUUUCACCCUCGGUCACCUCCCCAAAGUCAGCUAGGGACAAACCCUUCUCAUCCUUGAUUCCAGAUCUGGGAAAAGGGACGGAGAUGUUUUGUGGAUUGUUCCACUGGUCUCAAAGCCUUCGAUAAAUGUGCCCUGUGGACCAUUCAGUCUAGUUUUGUCUUACGUCGAGGGGCGAGGGGUAAAGGGAAACCCCAGUUUCAGUCUUCGAGGGCCUUUCUGCUCGCCUUUAGAAUAUCCCAUCUCUGGAACUCCUUUCCAACUCGUCUCCCGGCCCACCAAGAGCCCCCAGAUUAGAUCUGAAGUCUUUUCAAUAUCCAGGGGACUAGACUCGUGGCUAGUUUACUAACUUGAUAGAUGUCGUCUUGGUGCUCUACAUGUGUACGUCUAUACCCAGAGGCUCUUGGAGCGAUAGAAAUAAAUAGGAUGAUGUAAAUAAAAAAAUAAAAAACUGGAGAAGCUCAGGCAAGUCGAGAUCUUCGGAGAGAAAUUUGGAGAGGUUUCCACUUUCCCCUUCGCAAGGCUAAACGAAGAGAGGGUGGGGAUUGUGGGCCAUAGCCUGUCUUGAGGGGAGUGGGGGGUGGCUGCCUCUGUGCCUGGGAUUUCCUCCCGUGCUCUCCUCGGCCCACCUCGGCCCAGCCUCGCUCUCUGACUGUCUGUCUGUCUGUCUCUUUCUGUCUCUCCUCUGCCGACGCUUGUGGACCCCUCCUGAUCAUGUCGCCGCUUGCUUCUUUGCCCCCACCCCCCACCCCCGCCCGCCCUGUCUCCCCCUCCAGUGGCCCUCUCACCGUUCACUGUAACACGCCGUAUAGGUCACCCCUACCAGAACCGGACGCCCCCCAAGAAGAAGAAGCCCCGCACCUCCUUCACCCGCCUGCAGAUCUGCGAGCUGGAGAAGCGCUUCCAUCGGCAGAAGUACCUGGCCUCGGCCGAGAGGGCGGCUCUGGCCAAGGCACUGAAAAUGACCGACGCGCAAGUCAAGACCUGGUUCCAGAACAGGAGGACAAAGUGGAGGUGAGCGGCCGAGGCCAGGCCUCGUGUGUGUGUGUGUGUGUGUGUGUGUGUGUGAGAGAGAGAGAGAGAGAGAGAGAGAGAUUCCUCUUUGCAAGCGCGAAAGUGCCCUGGGGUGCGCCUGGGCCUGCCAUCUGAUCUAAAGAUGCUCUCCCCCCCAAAAAAAGGGGGGAAGCCCCAUUAACUCUGUGGGCUUCACUUUCCAGCCAACUCCUACAUUAGGAUGCAGAGCCAGGUAAUGGUACCUCCGCUCCUGCUCUUUGCUUUCUUCUGGGGUCCCCCCCCUUUUGUGGGGGGUGGGGGUGAGAUGGGCCUUCGGGGUUGCCUGAACCUGCCUCUUUUCCCUGAGGUGUGAGCCAGUUGUGACUCAAGCCAUUAUUGGCGGAUGGGAUGUGUGUGUAAGCGCGCCGCCGCGCGACAGUGGCGCCAUUGUAUUGACUCGCAGUGUCUUCCGCGCGCGAUGAAUGGGAGGCUAUUGUUCAUGCUCUAAGUGGUUCUCCGCAGCCUUGUCUGCACGUGCAGUUUGCUUAAUACAUGACGACCCUGAAGUUUGAGUUGGUUGGGAGCAGCGGAAUACUUUUACCCAGGAAGUCAUAUCCGCAAGCGGAAUCAGUAUUAGGGGACCUGUCUAUAACACCUAUUGAAUUCAUGUCUCCAAUGUAUAUGUGCGUUAUUUAAACCCUCUGUUAUCUCUGCCUGCCGCGUGUUCCUUUCGGUUUUUCGUCGAGCCGGUCGCCCUCAGGUUUGACAGCCUCUUGCAUUCUUUUCAGUCCCCGUUUCAGACCUCUUUAUAAGUCUCGGAUGUCCCGAAUUUUACACACAUCAGACAAAAACGCUUGUCCACAACCCCCCCCCCACGUGGAUGUUUUAUGAUGAAGCAGAUGCUGGCAUCAUCUAUCUGCCUGCGCUCGCCCCCCUCCCCCAAGCCGUGCGCCUUCUAAAUUGUCACGUGCAUAGCCUGUCUCACAAUUUGCCUUGCUUUCAAAGCGAGAGAAUUUGAUGGCCUGCCACUGGAAGGGUUAACGGCGUUCCAGCCUAUCUAUCCAUUGACCAGUUUCCGGGGGGAGGGGGGGCUCGGAGGUGUUCUUGCGCUUUGCCCUUUCAAACAAAAGGAUCGGCGGGAAAGAGUCUCAGGCCCGUUGCUAUAGUUGCACAAACAAAUCGAGAGCCAUUGUAUUGAGAGGGUCCAAGUGUACAUCCGGCCGUCGGAAGUGAGCGAAGGUUCCUGGAGCCCUGGCGAACUUUCUGAAGUAGGCGCUUCGCUACUCUUGGUCAUGGCCAGGGCAGCAUGGAGCCGAGGUGAAGGAAGCCCCCGCCAGAGAUGCUCUGCAGGCUCUGUAUGUUCUUCCUCUGUCUUCAGUGACCGUGUAGAAAAGAGGCCUCAUUUUGCACGUGCUCUGUUCUUCUCAACAGAGCAUUUAAUCGGAUUCAAAGUCCUGCCCCACCCUAGGAAAGGAAAGGAAAGGAAAGGAAAGGCAUCGCCCCUGGGUAUUUUUGUUUUAAUUUGCAGGAGAUGGUUAAUAGUAUUAUUAGCACUACUACUAUUGCUACUAUUAAUAGUGAGAGAGCCGCCUUGGUGUAGUAUUGGACGCCGGGCCUGGGAGACCAGGGUUCAAAUCCCUGCUCAUCCACUAAGCUCACUGGGGUGAUAUUGGGCGCACCGCAGUUGUUCAGCCUAACAGGGUUGUUGUGAGGAUAAAAUGGGGAGAAAGAGAACCAUGCAUGGCUCCUUGGAGGGACGGUGGAGUGUAAAUGAAGCAAUGAAUAAAUAAUAGGUAUUUUGGGGAGAGGGAGGAGCGCGCGAGGCCAGCAUGCCAAUCAGAAGUAUGAUUCUGAAUUAGACUGCAGUCCAAUCCGCUCACGCUUUUCUGAGAGUCCCAUUUAACGGAACAGAAUUCGCUUCCGGGUAAAGGUGCAUAGGAUGUCACUGUUAGGUUGCAAACCUAUCUGGGAGUAAGCACGACUGAACGCGGCAGGACCUAUUUCAAAGGAAACCAUGACUAGGAUUGCGCUGUCGCGGGUAAGAGAGCAGCAGGACGAAUUCGGAGUAAAUGGUUUGCCCAGGUGAGAAGGCAUUUCCAUGAGUUCAUGGGCCUCAAGGGAACCAGCGUUUUUCAGAGUCACUUCCUAGAGAGAGAAAACUAGAAUCUUAUAAUAGAAUAAUAACCCUGAGAAAGUCUGGGUUUCCAGUUUUAAUAUAAUAAACUAUACAUGGAGCGGGGGAGUCUCCCAAAGACUUUUACAGUGGAAGUUACAAGCACUAAGCGCAUGAUAAAACGCCAAUGCCCUUUUUGAAAAUGGGCGUUAUGAAACCAGCAAGUUUAAACACGUGUUUGUAGAAUGCGGAGUUAAAGCCUUUUUGAGGGGUUAGUAAAAAACAAACGGGUGGCGUGCGGGUCACGGCUGUGCCAAUAGCCUCUCCGCUGUCUUUCCACAGCUACAGCUCAAUGGUAGAACAUCUGCUUUGCAUGCAGAAGGACCCAGGUUUGCUCCCCAGCAUCUCCAGGUAGGGAGGGAGAGAGAACUCUACCAGACAAUACUGAGCAAGGUGGACCAGCGGUUCAAGGGAACUAGGGAAGCCGGGAGCCUUCAGGGGUACACGCUUGCUUCCAGAUCACGCGUGGAAGCCUGUGCUGAACCUUGGUCCCUUCAUACCGUCUGCCUUUAAGAAUAUAAGAAGACCUCUACUGGAUCAGACCCAAGGCUCCUCUAGUCCCAGGGGUGCCAACUUUAAUAAAAUAUGGGGUGGGAGUAAGACCCUUCCCACCUAAUCGUUCACAUGUCGUUGUGCAGGCACACCAUUUGAAUGGCAAUGCCCAUCAACGUGGUGGUGGUGGGGGGGGAGAGGACGGCCCUCUCAAUCUCGGCCCCUAGGCUCUUAUGUCUAGUCCAGUGCUGUUAGUAUAGUGCCCCCCUCCCGAGGCUCACAAGAAACCAGCAAGCAGAACCUGAGAUCAACAGAGAAUAGCCCCAUGAACUUACAGGACAAGCUUCUGAAGGCAGGGAGGGAAAGAGUUAUUCCUACAGGCUGCCUAGUGAUCUACAACCUUCCGGAUCGCGUGUGCCCGCAAAGGUUCUCUGCCGCCCUUCCGACGUGCACCUGAGGAAGCCGGGGAGAGCAGCUACCCAGCGCGACUCCGCCCCCCGCGCCCGCGUGUUCUCAUGAACUAACAAUACUUAAAGCGGGUUUGAAUCUUAAAGCUCAGAAAAGUGGUUUGCGGUUUCCUAGUCUUAAAUUCGCCAGACUAGACAGCAAACUUUGCCCUCACUGCGAAUGUAAAAGCAGAGUCGUAGCUAUGGGGCGGCUAGCCAGCUGUUUUGUUUUGUUUUGCCCCUGGAGCCUUCAGAGGGGCGCCAUUGAGGCUCCCAGGCCCAGCCUCUGUGUGUGCAUGCAAAUGCGCAUGGAUAUGUGCCAAACUGGCUCUUUGACCCGAGUGAAAUAAAGCCUAGUUUCGCGCCUGGUAAAAACAAGGUAGUCCUUUCCCGAGCAAGUCCCCCUGCCCUGCCCGCUUCGUUUUGCGGUGCUGACAUUUCACAGCACCCAAGAGAUUUCGGCCCUAAAACCCACCGACAGAAGAUGUAUUUGAACGCUUCAAAUGGGAGCUCAAUGCCUUUCAUAUCCCUGGGCAUGAUAAGCAGUUUAAACUUUUUUUAAAAAAAGUAUUCGGAGCAAGGAUAGAUUUCAUCAAAGUAGAUUUGACAUUUUUGCUCAAAGUGAGUAUAUUCUGUGCUAAGCGGGCGGGCGGGGGAGGUUACUGUCGAAAUUUUGCAGUUCUGAUAAAGUAACAAAAGUCUUACGUCCUCAAAGCGAACCAUUAUCGUUAGCCAUUAAAUGGAAUUAAACGAACUAUGGUGUAAAAGGACAUAUAAAGCCAAGAAUUUGCUUUAAGUUUGCGCGGUCCCUUCAGUGGAUACUAAUUCUCUAGGAAUAUGAAUGUUAAGAUAAACAACUUUGUUAAAACACAAAUUAUUAUUAUUAUUAUUUAAUUUAUUUUGACAACUGAAGCAAUUUCAAUGGGAGAACAACCCUCCGGUUUAGAAUUACGCUCCCCGAUGUUGCAAAUGGCCCCUCCCGCUCGGCCAGAUCAAAAUCCGCUUGAAAACUGCACACCUAUCACAGGACAAAGCAGUGAAAGCGUGGCUUUUCCUUCCUGUAGACCCGAAUGCCUCUUCAUCCGUUUUCAACCUUUCCUUCAAUUUACAGUUUUUAAAAGGCUGGGGGCAUAAUUUCGCUAAAGUAGAAAGGAGCUGGGUAUUAGGGAUUCCAUUAAUCCCCCAAUAAACGUCAUCUCAUAACUGAGUGCUUGUAAGAUGAAUGUUCCAAAUGUUGUCUGUUAAUAUAUUUUAAAAUAGUUAUCAGUAUGUGUUGAGCAAUGUAUGUACAUAUUUCAACUUUCUGGAUGACUUGGAGGCACACUUAUUUCUCCCUGGGUAUGAUUGUGUCAGACUGCAGCCUCACAAUCUUUUCAAAACAACAAAACUGAUCCUUGUGUACAGUAAUUCCCUUUGCAUUGGCUUCAGUAGGGUGAAAAACACUUCUUUCAUGGUUGAUUCUCUCUCUCUCUCUCUCUCUCUCUCUCUCUCUCUCUCUCUCUCUCUCUCCCUCCAAUUGUAAACUGCCUUGAAAAUUGUUGCAGUACAAAUGCAUCCAUGAAAUUAAAUCGCUUAUUUAGAAUAGGGUAUAACUAGUGACACAAGAAUGGAACUUGAUAUGUAGCUUUUAUUUUAUUUUAAAAGGUCAGUAAGAUUUAUUCACAUUCCCUGGAUUUUAGGGCUGUGUUCAUAUUAAAAUAUGGGGUGGCUUUCAUCUAAGUCUUACUCAGAAUACAGCCACUGAAAUUAAUGCAUCUAACUUGCUCAUUGCCAUUCAUUUCAAUGGCUCUGCUCUGAGUAAAAGCUACUUGCAUACCACCCAUGGUCUCAUAGAAGACAACUCCUAGGGGCCGAGGGCACUUCGGCCCCCCAAUAAAAUAGUUGAGGCGCAGGGCCCCCAAAAGUUGAUGAGCAUUGCCAUUCAAAUGGGGUGUGUGCACCUUGUGAGUGAUUAUGCAGGAUGGGACUUACCUGCCCCCCCAUAUUUUAUUCAGGUUGGCACUCCUGUAUCUCAUUAGGCACAUCUGCAAUAGUAAUCCACUUUAGGGCAGAUAGGGCAGUCUAUAUGAGGUUUGCUGUAGCUGUUAUUUCACACUGAAGGCUCCAACUUUAUGAAUGUAUUUCUAUUUAUUUAAAAAUACGCAUCCUGCUUGUCUCAAAGACAUAAACGGAAGUAGCUUAAACCAAAGCACAAAAUACAAAUCAGUUCAAGAUUGGUGACAUGCAUUAAGCUGCGAUUCAAGUUGCAAAAUCGGGAAAGCGACAGCUCUAAAACCAUACUACAAAUUGAAAAUUGGGGGGCCUUGGUAGUUCCAUCCGCUUGGAAGUCUGGAGGGUGGUGGGAGAGGGAACUCUCUGUGGCAGGAAGCCCCUAAGUUAUGGCGCUCCCUCUCCACGAAGGUGCACAUGGCCCCUUCAUUCUACAGCUUCCCAAGAAUGCUGAAGAUGCAUAUUGUUACCUUGGCCUUUGAGGCUCGAAAUACAUAUUUUUUUAAGGACCCAGACAAUACUUCUGAUUGGCAAUAUUUUUAACUGGUUCUUAUAUUCUGCGCUUAUAUUGUUGUAACCCACUCUGAAACCCUAUGGUGAAGGGUGGGUGAGAAAUCCUAUCAACCCACAAAUAAACAAACGGAGCCACAGGAUCAGAGCCAGUCAACAGAAAGCGAGGAAGCAUCAAAUCAAAGAGCCUGCUUUUAACUUGCUGCCCGAAGGGCCGAAGUGCUGGAGCCGGAUGGACCUCCCUGGGGAGGGCAUUCCAUAAAGGUAGUAUCACAACUACCUUUGAAUUGUGGCGCUGUAAUAUUUUACCGGGUCAGGCAAUUGAUUAAGCUAUUAGAAGCUUGACAGCGGACUGGGCUAUUAAUGGAUUGACUCCAAACCAAGGUGCAACCUGAUCUUCUGCAUCGAAGGCAAGGCCCACUUCGGGUUUACUCGUAAGGAAGCGUGCAUAGGCUUCCAGGACGAACCUAGCCAAGUCCACUGAACGGGACUUACCCCCAAAUAAAGUGUGUUUAGGUUUUAUAGUGUUUAGCUUAAUGGCAGCGAUGGAACUUUGUCGUGACUCCUUUAAACAGCCGUAGACGUCUCUGGGACUUAGCUGCCGUGAGUCAUGUUCCCCAGAUUGGGGUGGGUGGUGGUGGAAGACGGCCUUUGCUGCAUUUUCACCGGUCCCAGCGCGGCCUGGGCGGGAAUCCCUCCCUCGAGACACUUAAUCUCGGUGCUAGGAAGGUUUGCUUCUCUGCAUAUUUGCAAUUAAGGCGCUGGACGUUCUGUGGCGAAGCUGUAACUAAGCUGCUCGCUUUCCGUUUGCAAUCUUGAAACAAAUUGGGCUGGGACGCGUGGCUCUUGCUUCUUCUUCCAUCUCUCCCUCACCCCCCCCCCCCCCGUCUUCCUUCCUUCCUUCCUUCCAGAAGCCCGGACAGCGCUUCUCUCUUUCUGACAAAUUACUCCUUUUUGCCCGCGCCAAGUGAUGCUAACUGAGAAAAAUGCCCCGCGCUGAAAUUAAUAAUCUGUUUUUCACUAAUUAUCAAAGCGAGGAAGCAGGGUUGCAAUUCUCUCCGAAGUCAAAACAAUAUUAAAUAUGCAUCAGGAGUGAAUUUGUGGUGGAAAGAAAGCGAGUGCAUUAUUCAUGCAGUUCUUUCCUGAAGCGGAGCGAGGCUGUAAAACUCCUUUAGACCUCUCUUCCAGGCGUGGGUGCGAAAGGUGCGCGCGCAGAGAGCCCGAUCCUGACCCUUUCCAGACCCUUUCCGUCAUGUGUACAUAUGCCCACCGAAAUCAGCGAGGAGUGCCAAGCGCCAAUAUUUACUUCUUUGGCUUUUAUCUUAGUUGUGCAGGUCUAGAAAGUAAGUUGCCUGACUUUAAUUUUUGUUCUAACCGGUGUGUCUUCAAAUGAGCUCAGAGCUCCUUCGCUGCUUUGCCUUCGCCAGAUGGGCCAGGACAGCAGCACAGCUAAAUUAAAAGCAAAACGGUAAUUACAAGACAAGCACCCGUUUUUGUUUCGUUUUUUAGUUGGGCAGGUCUUCCGCGAAGUGGGUCCCUGAAUGUGUUAUUAAAGAGGAGCCUGAGAUGACUCAUGGGAAAUUAUUCCUCCUUGCCCGCGCGUUCCUUCAAUGGCACGUUUUAAAGUUUUAUGUCAGGAGCGAGCAGGUGGCUAUUAGACGGUGGAUAAAUAGUUAUUUGGAGGCCGAAGUUAAGAAGCGUUCAGGGCCCAGUGCAGUCAGCGAGAUGGAGUUGUGCAAGUGCCCUCUCUUCCCAUCGAAAGCAGACCCUCUUCCCAUCGAAAUCAGCAGCAGCUAAGCAUGCACUCUGCUGUGGUUGGUUUGUGCGCGUUGCUAUUUACUGUACGUUUAAGAGCGGUUCUUGAGUGACUCCAGAAAGUGUCUUGGAACUCAGUGAAACUUACUUAAAAUAUAUAUAUAUAUUAACAGAUUUUUAUUGGGUAACAAUAAUCCAUCUAAAGUCUCUGUUUUCAAGUCUUAUUCACUUGAAUAAGUGAGACUUUCAGAGUGAGACUUUACGGUUAUAGACAAUACGUGGUCUGGAGAAGGGAGGAGAGAGAGGAGGGAGAAGGGAUAUUUUAGGAUCAGGCUGCAUUAAAAAUGCUGUAUACGUACUAAUCAUAAAUCAUGGCAACUUUCAUCUGAUCAUCAUCAUCAACAACAACAACAAUAUACUGUACCAAAAGGAGUCUGGGAUGCAGGUUACCUCUUUGGGCGCCUCCAGCCUGGAGUAUACGUAAUAUGGAUUUGAAGCUGCUUGUAUCUCUAUGUCGUCAUCUAACUGGCAGCUUGCAUUCCCCCCUAUCCCGUUAAAUUUGGAUUUUCUUCACCAAUGGAUAAUUCAAUAAAGGAAGAAAAUACAUUUCACCCAACUGAACUCACCGAAGCUUAUUAGGUGGGUGGGUUGUGGGUUGUUGUUUUUUACAUGUGUGGUGGGGUUUCCCUCCGUGGUGUCUAUCACUAACCCCCCCUUUCCAUUUUGUUUCCAUCAGUCCAAAGAAAGGGAUGUAGUUUGCCUUUUUACACCUGUUGUUGCUGAAGGCAUGUUCCUGGUGUUUUUGUUUCUGAAACAGCUCUUUUGUGCAGAACUGCUCUUGCAGAAAACAUCUGUAUUAAAAAAAAAGGAGGCAGGGAAGGAAAAGGGGGGAAAGGAAGUGGGCCUUUCAUGCAAGCAACUCAAAAUCCUUGCUUGGCAUGGAGCAACACACAUAUUGUUAUUUAAAAAACACACACACCUUUUUGUGCAAAUCUGGUAUAUUAAAAAGUGUUUCAAUAAUAAUAAUAUUUUUUUAAAAAAGGAAAGAGGAAACAUGCACAUGUAAACAAAUACUUUUAUGCAUGCCCACAAUGGCUCUCACAUAUUCUGGCUUGGAAUUAUUAUUAUUAUUAUUAUUAUUAUUAUUAUUAUUAUUAUUAUUAUUGCAUUUUGAGCAAAUCUGGUAGAUGAAAAAACUUGUAUUUCAAUAAUAAAUAAAUAAAUAAGUGAAAAUGUGUGCGUGCACAGGUAAAUGGAAUACUUAGAUGUAUUUCAUCCACAUGGAACCAGAACCUAUGCUGGGCAGGGAAGUAUUAACUGAGGACAGGGCUUACGCGCCCCACAUAAUUGAUCACAAGACGCCGUGCACCCUUUGCAUGGGAAUGCCUAUCAAUGGGGGGGGGCAGGCCCCUCAAAUAUUUUAUUGGGGGGUCUGAAGGGACCUUGGCCCCUAGGAGUUGGCUCCUAGGUCACCCACUAGUGUUGAUGGGGGGAAAUUAAGGUAGAAUUCAAAGGCAUAACAUUGAAAGUGUUCAUACCAUGUGUGGACAAAGGUGCACAAAUGCACACAUGAAAAUAGCAACCACUUAAAUGCAUUUGUGUGGACACUGCCUCUUUCCUCACAUCCUCAUUUUCUUGACACCAGUUUAGGUUUUCAGAUAAGAAGUGGUCAUUUUCUUGUGUUUCCGAGAAGCUAAAAUACCUACCGUGAUUCGUCACUUUCACUUCCCUGCUCUCUGUCUCUCACUCUUUUAGUAGUAGUAGCUAUCUAUAAAUAUUCUAGGGCUGCUGGAAUCAUUGCAGUCAGUAACUGUUUAAUAUUAUUACCAAAACUGUAAUGGACUUUGAACUUGAAGCACUGUAAGGAGAUCAAUACUAAUAAAGAUAAUAAAAAGGAAUCUUCUAUAGUUUCAAUAUAAACAGAGUUUUGAAACAAUUUAUUACCAAGUGAAAGGGAAGAGGAGGGAGUUGAUAGAUAGUAGAAUCAGUCAGGUAACCUCCUAUACCUGAUUAGAUUGGCUUGAUAAAAAGAUGGGAGAGUCUCUUUGGGUCAUGCAAGAGAGUGAAUGAGCAAUGGGUGUCAGCCUGGCAUGUCCUCAUUUGCCAUCCUGCUGAUCUAAAAUGUAAAGGAAUGUGGUCAAAAUGUGUCACAGUGAACCCCAGAUUAGUGGGCCUGAAUAGUUGGCCCACUUCUGCAUCAUGUGGGGAAAGCUCAGCAAGUCUAUGCCUCAGUUUCCCCUCUCACCUUUUGCAAGCCUGGUGUCAUAGUGUAGAUAUUGGGCAGAAACCUUUAUGCAUAAAAGAGGCAGUGCCUAAGCAUUAUUACUGGACCAAUUUCUAUUGAGAAAAUAACUUGGCAAGAUCAAGAAGAGAUACAGCAAAGCUGGGUCUGUCCUGAAAGCAUAUACUGUAUACUGUAGGCCUGGGAAUUGAUUUCAGUGUAGUCUAAGCACAUAAUAUUUAAUAGUUUUUAAUUGGCUUAUUAAUCUGGUAUCACAACUGAUGAAGCAGAUAUCAUUUUAAAAAAUCCAGAACCCACUUCUUAAAGCAAAAUUUAGGCAAAGGAUUUGCGAUUGCUGUAAAAGAGAGAAGGAAAUUGGAAAUAAUGCCACAGAGAAACAUCUGACUCACUCUUUCACCGGAGAGAAGCUCUGUUGAAAGUCUUCAAGAACUUGUAGCUCAGUGGCAAAGUAUCUGCUUUGCAUGCAGAAGGUCCCAGGAUCAAAUCCUGGUAUCUCCAGGUAGGGCUGCCUGGGAGAGAUCCCCCUCUGAAAACCUGGAGAACCACUAUCAGGAGACAAGAUUGUGUUAGCUGGACGGACCGGUGGUCUGGGUUAGUGAAAAGGAGCUUCCUAUGUUCACCGCACCAGGCCUUGUUUAGACUUUGUGGACGAGAUGGGAGGUGAGAGAUUCUUUAUAAUCUGUCCAAUCUGUUCUCUCUCUCUCUCUCGCUAACAAAACAAACAAAAAACAAACAAAAAACCCAAAAAACCCAAACCAUUCUCCAUUAACGUUUCUUCCUCUUCUUCCUCCAUCUUUUCUUCUUUGCCCCUUUCUCUCCUUCUUUGUGUCUUCAUCAUUCUUUUCCAUUGUUGCCUACAAUCAUUAUGAUCAGGCCCACUAUCUGUUUGAAUUCUCAGUAAAUUCUCAUGACUCUCUGAACAGGGAUGUGCUGUGCUACUCUUUAGACUCAUUGUGCCAUGAACUUUCACAAUACCUCAAGUAACUGAUGAAGCCAGCAAAUGGUUUAUGAAACUGUGAUUAUGCCACAACAGAUCUGUUGGACUGUGUUCACUAGGGACAUUAAAAGAACCCUCCUGCCUAUUCAACAGUAAUAGCUUAGUACAGGCAUAUCUUUCACUUUCAUCAUGUAAAAUUAUUUAAAGGGGGUGUAUAAAUAGUUUGGGAAACUUUCCAAGUGUCAUCCAGGACAUUGCCCUAAUGACCCAAGCUCAUCUACAUUCCGUCCAGUCAUAAGUGACAUCAGUCUCAUUCUAAAGCGCAACCCCGCCAUGCUCCUUCAGCUAAUGUGUGCUAAGCGAUACAUCCAUUUGCAUGGGACGCCUUCAGACAGAAGCAUUAUGGGAACUUUACAUUGCAAAUGAGUUGUUUAGAUUUCCUAUGCACACACUUGGCACAUGAGAGAACAACUCACUGUUUUUUAGUUUUAGGUUUCUUUAUAGGCAUUCUGUUCUUUCCUAUCCAUAUUAUGGACUCUUAACUUGGAAGUCCUAAUCAACUUUCUGGAACUUCUGAUUAAAUCCCAUUGAAUUAUUAUUAUUAUUAUUAUUAUUAUUAUUAUUAUUAUCAUUGAGAUCAGGGUAUUAAUAUGGAUUCAACUUUGUAUCCUGCCCCCUCACCAUUACUUAAAUGGGAGAGGAAUAUGCACUGGGUGUAAAUACUUCAUAUUCAUUCAUAGAUGCCAACAGGCUAUGGGACCUUUUGCCAACUCUCCUCUAGUUCAGAGGAUUCUGUCCUGAAUCUUCCAACACUCAACUUCUUCGGACGUCCCUGAGUUCUAGUGUUAUGGGAGAGGGAUAAAAACUUUUCUCUAUCCACUGUCUCCUUGCUAUGCAUAAUUUUAAAAACUUCUAUCAUGUCACCUUUUACCUUUUCAUUAAACUAAAAAGUCCCAUAUAAAAAGUAUAGAAAGGCUUAUACUUUAAUCUUUGUGGAAUCCAUAGGUUCAGGGAGAUUAAUUAAAUUCUAACACUUACUGGGUCCAGGAAUUUAGAAGUGUCUAUCACCCACAAAGUCAUAACAAUAGUUAUAGAACUUAUUGUUGGCAUUCUUACUAUUUUUGCUCAGAUUUCUUUUUGGUCAGAUUGUUGCUCAGAUUUCUUUUUGGCAUCCUGUACUGUCCACUGGAGUGCCUGGCGUGCUCUGGUCCAUUGGGUCACAGAGAGUCAGACACGACUAAACGACUAAACAACAACUGUCCGCUGGCACUUUUGGGGGGCAGGAGGGGGGGCAAAGUUUGUGUUCCUUUCUGUUAUUUUCACCUGGACAAGAUUUCAUUUUUUGUAAAGGAAGCCUUUAUGUGAAGGAGAUGCGUACCAUCUCCACUGAAGACAAAAACCCUUUUCUGAUAUGACCAAGCUGACAAGAGUAGUUUCCCCAAUGUUGAUUUAGAGAAGCUUGGCAGUUUAAGAAAACGAUUGUUGUGCUCAUACAUAUUGCUAUGCUAUCAGGAAGUCACAUUUAUCAGAUGGUUGCAUCAGGGUAGCCAUUAUUUCCUCCAUGUGUACUUCACUGUGAUUGCAGGUUUGGGGGCUGGGUUGCGAAUGAGAGAGUGUCUUACUACAAAACCUGGGGGAGUGAUGAUUCUCUUCAAGACCAGCCAGGGCUUAUUUUAUUCUACAGAACUGUCACCCCAAAUAUGCUUUCAUGGAGGCCAAAGCUGACAUUGAAAAAUCUUUUGGGGUUUGAGCUCGGUGUGUGUGUGUGUGUGUGUGUGUGUGAGAGAGAGAGAGAGAGAGAGAGAGCGCUCUGUUUGCUCUGGAAGAGGAUCCUCACUCCCCAGGUAAUGUACUAAGCCACUCUCUCAUUCCCAGCACAGCCCUCUAACCUGCAAUUGAAGCAUUACAGGGAAGUAUGCUGUGGCAUUGUUGAGUAUGAUUUUCUCAACCCAAUCUGCAAUGUGGAGAUAAAAUCAGCGGAUAGCAUUGCAAGGUUGUUGCGCUCUCUCCUCUGGAGCUCAUCUGAACAAGUGCGAUGUGGCCUGAAGCAGAAGCAGAGAGAGCCAGUGUGGUAUAGUGGUUAGAGCAGAGGUAGGCAACAGGGUGCCCUCCAGUUGUUGUGGAACUACAUCUCCCAUCAUCCCUGCUUCAUCUGGGGCAGGCAGUUUAAAAACACAAAAAAUAGCAUAACAACAAACAAAAACAACACUCCACUGCCCAUUCACAGUUUAAAAGGCCAUCUAAUAAUAAUAAUAAUAAUAAUAAUAAUAAUAAUAAUAAUUUAUUACUUAUACCCUGCCCACUCUGGGUGGCUCCCAAUAGAAUAUUAAAACCACGAUAAAUACAUCAAACAUUAAAAACUUCCCUAAACAGGGCUGCCUUCAGAUGUUUUCUAAAAGUCAAGUAGCUGUUUAUUUCCUUGACAUCUGAUGGGAGGGUGUUUUUAAUUAGCCAAAGGCUUGGGAAUUGUAGUCCAACAACAUCUGGAGGGCAUCAUAUUGGUUUCCUCAGGAUGUAAGACUAAGGCCAGGAAGACCUGAGUUCAAAUCCUCAUUUGACCAGGAAGCUUGCUGGGUGUCGUUGGGCCAGGCACAGACUCUCAUCCUGACUCUCACAGGGUUGUUCUGAGGAUAAAGUGGGGGCAGGAAGAACCACACAUGAUCCCUUGAGCAACUUGGGGGGAAAGGCAGGGUGCAAAUCUUAUAAAUCAAGAGUACUGAAAAAUGAUACGGUCUGCAUCUUUCUCCCAGGCGACAAACUGCAGAGGAGCGGGAAGCAGAGAGGCAGCAAGCUAAUCGCAUCCUCAUGCAGCUCCAGCAAGAGGCCUUUCAGAAAACCAUCAACCAGCCCCUCCAAGCAGACCCCAUCUGUGUUCACAACUCCUCUCUCUUUGCCCUCCAGAACCUCCAGCCAUGGUCAGAUGACUCCUCGAAGAUUACCAGCGUAACUUCUGUAGCCUCGGCCUGUGAGUGA